UACAAUACCCCUUGUAGAAUGCUUAUACAGAAGACGAAAAUCUGUAAGCAAAACUACUUUUACAGGGAUUAUAUUUUGUAUAGUAUAAACUUAUUUGAACUAGGACGAUUAGUCCGUUGACAUUAAUGUAUAUUUUGAUUUGUUGAAAAAGAAUAUAUUAGAAUAAAAUCGGAUAUAGCGUGCAAAGAUGGGAAGUGGUUUCAGGCUGAAAUUUGGUACGGUGGCAAUAAUCGUGCAAACAGUUUUCAUCGUCCUGUUUGCCACCCUCACGGAGUACGACUGGCGAGCACAUCCGGUAUACUCGGACCCAAACCAUCCGUCCUAUACCAAUGACACCAACUUGGCAUUCCAAGAGGAAAACGAGUCCAUAUCACAUUAUGUUGGCCGUAAAUAUCCCCCGUUCCAGGAUGUGCACGUGAUGAUAUUUAUAGGAUUCGGGUUUUUGAUGACGUUUUUGCGACGUUAUGGGUAUUCUGCUGUCAGUAUGAAUAUGUUUAUUUCAUCUUUGCUCAUCCAAUGGGCAAUGCUUGUCAGAGGGUGUGUCUACGAGGGGAUCUUUAAGGGGAACAAAUUCCAAGUCAGGCUAGAGGAGAUGGUGACAGCAGAUUUUGCUUCUGCCACAGUUCUAAUAUCGUUUGGUGCAGUAUUAGGUCGGACUAGUCCACUACAACUUCUCAUCAUGGGAUUAAUUGAGGUCAUUGUUGCCCAAGUGAACGGAUACGUCUGCCAUGAUGUGUUACAUGCGGUAGAUGUAGGAGAAUCUAUGUAUAUACAUGCGUUUGGGGCAUACUUCGGUCUAGCUGUUUCAAGGGUACUUUACAACAAACAUGCACAGAGCCACCAUAAAGGCGAAUCUUGUUAUCACUCAGACCUAUUCUCUAUGAUUGGAACUAUUUUCUUGUGGAUGUACUGGCCCAGUUUUAACGGUGGUGGAUCUGAAGGGGACGAACAACACAGGGCCUACAUUAACACCUACCUCUCGCUGUGUGCCUGUACGGUGAUCACGUUCGCUAUUACAGCUUUAACAGAUAAGAAAGGGAAAUUUACUAUGGAAUUCAUCCAGAAUGCUACACUAGCUGGUGGUGUUGCCGUGGGAACUACUGCAAACAUGCCGCUACAGCCGUAUGGAGCUAUUAUAAUGGGAUGUGUGGCCGGCUUGAUUUCUUGUAUAGGAUAUAGAUACAUUACUGAAUUUUUGGCGGAGAAACUAAAAAUCCAGGACACAUGUGGUGUUCAUAACCUGCACGGAAUGCCCGGGGUUCUAGCUGCUAUUGCUGGUGCUGUCAUGGCUGCUAUGGCAACGCAAGAAGAUUGGGGAGUGAG